AUGCAGAUCUUCGUCAAGCUCCCGACUGGCAAGAACUUGACUAUCAAUGUUCAGUCCUCCGAAUCGAUUGACGAUGUCAAGACCAAGGUCCAAACCUCGACCGGAAUCGCCCCCGAACGCCAGCGCCUCAUUUUUGCCGGCAAGGAUCUGCAGAGCGGUACAACCUUGGCCGACGGGAACGUCGCCGAUGGAUCAACUAUGGAUCUCGUAGUCCGGAUUUUCGGGGGUGCCGGCAAUAUUGUCUGUCAGCGGGAGGCUGGCAACGUGGUCGUUUCAAUCCGUAUCGCUGUCGAUGAUGACACUACCGUCAAGACUGUCAAGGACGAUAUCCGCAAUUCACUCGAGCAAUCGCUUGGAGUGAAACCCAAACAGGUGAUGUUGAGCUACAGGGGUGAUAAUCUUAGAAGUGUCAAUACCCUCCAACACUACAAUAUCCAGUACGGCGAAACGCUCAGCUUCUCACUCGGACGCCGCCACUAG